GCAGAACAGGUAGUCAGACUGCUCCACUGCUCUGCACAUGAAACACGCACAGACAUCUGGUCACCAUGAUGGAUCAGCUAACAUUUAAGAGGGAGAACCUGCAGCGUCUGCAUCAAGUGGAGAAUUCAUUCAGACCUUCAGGGGCUCCUUUGUUCAAGCCCGGUCGGAUUCUGAGGGGAGAGGGUCGUCUGAUGAAGCGAGGUCGCAAGAAGUGGCAGCCGAAGGCCUUCUUCCUCUUCAAUGAUGUUCUGGUGUACGGCAGCUUCGUUCUGAACGGCCGCUGGCACAAAAAUCAGAAGAUCAUCCCUUUAGAGUCCAUCAAGCUGGAGGACAUGGAGGACAGUGAGGAGUUCAAGCACCAGUGGUUGAUCAGAACACCGUCCAAGUCCUUUUUUGUGUCCGCCGCUUCGCACGAGGAGAAGCAGGCCUGGAUGAAGCACAUCCAAGAAUGCCAGUCCGCUCUGCUGCUCUGCGGCAACCUCCAACCUGGCAACGAAUUUGCCAUCACCUGGAUGCCGGAUCAGGCCGCCUGCAAGUGCAUGCGCUGCCUCAGGAGGUUCACCACCACCAACCGGCGACACCACUGCAGGAAGUGUGGCUUCGUCGUCUGCAACUCUUGCUCCCGGCAGCGGACGGUGAUCAGUCACAUCCACCCGACCAAACAGCUGAGGGUCUGCGCGCUGUGCCACAUGAAGAAUGGCGAAGAGGAAGAUGAUGAUGACGUGUCUCGCCAGAGGGGAGACAGCACUGGAAAGAGCUCAGGGGAGGAGGAGGUUGCUUCAUCCAGUGACGAAGAGGAGGCACAGGCCGACGCUUCUGAUGGCUUGAUGACUGUGCCGACGGGCCAAUACGUUUACCUACCACCAGUUAUUCAGUGAACGCUUAAAGACUGCUGCAGUUAUGUCAAACAAGAAACUGUAUUAUGACAAAGAGAACUGGACUUGAUUCUGUUACUUAAAGACAGAUGUGAAUGGAUUAAGUCCUGUAAAUAAUGAUGUAUUUUAUAUGUACAUGUUUCUUUAUUCUGCACAUAGAAUCAGUCACUGUUUACAUGUUUUUUUUUAAAAAAGUAUUUGCACUUAACACUUUUUCUUUUUUCUGACACAUUAUCUUUAUAUCAUAACUGUGAAAAUUAAAGUCUAGUGAAUGUACGUAUGAGCAUUGAAGCACCAAUCUCAUGCUUUCUGGCUCAAUUCCAAUAAAUGUGAGCUGCUUAUAUUUUA